ACUUUGCCACAAGAAGACACAGACAUACUCGUACUAGAGCGCAUAAUGGAACAGAGUCACUUGCAUACACAACUGGGCUACAGCAACGUGGGUAACGUCUACGCUCCUUACGCACCGGCAGUCUCAAAGGCGGAAGAUAUUGAGAAGUUGGUGGACCAGCAGCUGCUUCAACUCAAGGUACACUACAACGAACAGGAGCAGAACUAUGUGAACCAGAUGCUGUUGGCGAAUCCUAUUGUUGUGGAGCGUCGGACAUCACCGCCGCUCAAUACCAUGCUACCAACGCCAUCACCAUCGCCGGAAGCUGGUUCGGGAUCUGGAGCGGAGGGCAGGGAUGUGCAGCGUCAACGGGCAGAGUCGUGCCGCAAGUCACGCUACAACAAUAAAAUCAAAAAAGCCAAGCUGCGCUUCCGACACAAGUUCGUCAGCGAGCAGGUGAAGAAGAGUGAAAGGAUGUUGAGCACGAUGCGAGAAGUAAUCGCGCAGGCGGAGCGCCAGCUGCUCGACCGGGGAAUUCCCGCCGCUGCAAUCGAGCGCAUGCGCAGCAGCUUCGGCCUCGGUCUCAUCUACCCCAUGGAUCAGUGAUAUUAUGAGAAAGGCCCCACAACUAGUUUAUAAACACACAUUGCAUUUUAUAUUUUUUUCUUGUUGACUAUAUUAAGUGUACUAUAAGCGUAUAAU